UGGAGGAAGUACAGUCGGUCGAAACAGAGAGAGCGAGAAAGAGACCGAGAGAGAGAAAGAAACCGAGAGAGAGAGAGACCGAGAGAGAGUGGUGAUUUCAUUUUGCUGCGAGGGGAAAGAAGAUCUGUGUCGAAUCUGUCUGCAAGAUUCAGAUCGGUGGAGAGAAAGCGUUUUGUAUCGAAGUCCCUAGGUUCUAUGCAAAGGAGUAUCUGGGUUGUUUUUUUGGCACUGCUCCUGAUUCUGUUAUUUGGUGUUGGUUCAGCAUUCUGUUUUUAUCCAGAUAUUGGGAGUAGUGAGGUAUCUGAAUUUGAAAGUGUUUUGAAUUCAGUGAUGGCGCCGAAAAGUGUGCUAAGAGGAACAAAAAGGUUGUUAAAACAGUGUGCUACUGAAAGUCAUGAAACUAGAGAGGCAAUUGAGCAGAGAAGGCCUAAAUCUAAUCGUGUCUCUCUUGACGGAGAUCAGUGUGAUCAAGUUAAAUCAGAUAGAUGGAAAACAAUGUGUCACGCUGCACAAAUUCCUGAAGCAUCAAAUGAAUGUGAGAAUGUCAAUGGAUUUGAACACUCUGAGGAACUAUUUCGAGGUGACGAUCAAAAUAUUACAGAAGUUAUCCCUCAAGAAGCUGCUUGGACAGCAAUGGAUUACGCUGAAGGUCAUGAUAGUGAAAGCGAAAUGCAACAAAUGGAUAAUUGUGACAAUGUUACUGCAGUUAGUCAAUAUGGACAUCAUCAAGUUAGAUCAGAGAGAUGGAGAGAAUUGUGUAGGUUAAGAAUAACAAAUAAGAACCAGAUUUCAUCGACUUCUGAAUGUGGGAAUGCCAAUGCAACUGUGAACCAAAAUUUUCUUCUUCGUCAAAACUUGCAUGCUAAUAAUGGAGGUACAACUGGUGAAUGCUCACAUUCAUUUGGUCAAGCAUCAUAUCAAAGAAGCAAGAUUAAUCGUGAAAUACGAAGAUUCAGAUUAAUUUGGUUCCCAUCAAACCAAUUGAAGGCCAGACGACCAGAACCAGCAGCCUUCGAAAUAAGCGAAGAUAUGAGAUUGCUAAUAAUUACAUGCCAAAGUUUGGCUUGCUUGGACAUGAUUUCGUAUUCAGGACUUACACAGUACAGCAUGGUUGUUCUUCUAAAAUGCCACACUAGGGAAGAGUCUUUUCAGGACUAUGAGUCCAAUUCCAGUUCCUUUGAUGCUAAAACGAUUCAAACAGUUCGCAGGGAUAUAUCAAAACAUGCAUGAGCAACUCAGCAAGAGAGACACAGUUGUGCUCACAUGAGGAAGAGCUGCGUGUCAUGCGUGGAUCAAGGGCUUGCAAUAUAUCAUACAACAAGAAACCAUUCCAUUUAGAAUAACCUUACACAAAUCAAACAUCUUGAAAACACAUGUAGAGACAUCAUUGCUAAUGUUGCUGCACAAGCCCAGAUUCAAGAAUCAAUGGCUUAGAUAAACAAAGAGGUUCUUCAAGACCAAGAUUAAAUGGUGAUUUGGAUUGAGAAAGGAUAGAGCAAAAGUCAAAACUUCGAAGAUCAAGGACAAAAUAAUGUUAACUGCGAAGAGGCUGCAGCUGCAGAUUGGGGUUAAACAUGAAUACUUCUACUUUGGAUGGAAGAUUAACUAAUCUUGAUGAGAUCAUAAGUUGUAAUAUAUAGGACCACUACAUGUUUUCUACAACCGUAUGUGCUUGAUUGCUAUGGCAAGGCAAACGGGGCCAACUAGGACUACAACUGUUCCCAAGUAAGAAAAAACAAAUCAACAUACAGAAAUUUACGAUUUAACUAUGUGACACAAUGUGUAGUUGGCAGAUUUUGUACCACACAUGUAUUUCCACCUAACUUUGAAUUGGAAUGUAUAAAAGAACUAUUUAGCUAUAUGAUGCAUCAAUGUUUGUAACCACUCUCUUAUAAUGGAUGAAUAAGAUACCCGCUGCAUCGUGGGGGCAUCAUUUUUUAUGUGAUGUCAUUAGAAUUUGCUUCUUUGAUA